CUGCUAGAGACAAGACACUCAGGGGAGGAGGAGUUGCAUACACACAACCAAGCAUCUGCCUUUGCAGUUUGUACUUACAGCAAAUCUACACACAUCUUUAUCUAAGGGGAACUAUUUGCAUCCAAAACCGUCUACCACUUUCUACUGCCGGAGGGAAAAAAAAAAGAGGGGGGGGGGGAAGCUAAUGCACUGCUUACUUUUCACAGCUAUUGAAUUGUCUCCUGUGAUCUUCUGAAACCCAAACCUGGCUAUAAAGGGGAGACCAAACCACUGAACCCUACCAACCAGAGAUGGACACAAGACAAGACUUUCAUUUUUAAGACCUAAUUGCACCCAGUAAGGCACGGGAUAAAAAACUGGAUACCAGCUCAGACAGAGUUACUGUAUCUCAAAAUAGCAGAUGACCAGCUUACCAUAUUGACCAUGCUGGCCUUUCCUCAGGACCAUCCUGGACCAGAAAGGAACAGUAAACUCUUGCAUUGGACACAAUUCCUUCUUAAAAUACAGCUCCUGAACACGUUCUGCCGGACACGAAAAUGUCCUCAGAUCCUUUACAUUUCCUGAACGGGUCUGGAGUUGGCAGUGGAUCUUUGUCACCUCUCUCAGUAACAGGAGACUACCCAGGUGACAAACAAGGAAACAAAGUGCGCUGGGCAGCUUUACUGAUCCUCCUGGUGAUAAUCCCCACCAUUGGGGGGAACAUACUUGUCAUCCUGGCAGUGUCUCUGGAGAAAAAGUUGCAAUAUGCUACCAAUUACUUUUUGACAUCCUUGGCGGUGGCAGAUUUGCUUGUGGGUCUGUUUGUGAUGCCGAUUGCCCUUCUCAUAAUAUUAUUUGACAAUGCCUGGCCUUUUCCAGCUGCCUUGUGUCCUAUCUGGCUGUUUCUUGAUGUCCUCUUUUCCACGGCUUCCAUCAUGCACCUCUGUGCCAUCUCACUUGACCGCUAUAUUGCCAUUAAAAAGCCAAUCCAGGCUAGUCAGUACAAUUCAUGGGCUACAACAAUCAUCAAAAUCAUCGUGGUUUGGCUCAUUUCAAUAGGCAUUGCUAUUCCGAUUCCUAUCAGAGGCAUUGAGGAGGGAAAUGGGAAUUCUGCAAACAUUACGUGUGUCCUGAUGCCUGAUCGUUUUCAUGACUUCAUUCUGUACGGGUCAGUGGCUGCAUUCUUCAUUCCCCUCACUAUCAUGAUAGUGACUUAUUUUCUGACAAUCCAAGCAUUACACAGGAAGGCCUACUUGAUCAACAAGCCACCUCAGCGUUUCACCUGGUCAGUGUCCACAGUGUUUCAGCGUGACACAACACCUGCCUCGUCACCAGAAAAGGUUGCCAUGCUAAAUGGCUCCAGAAAGGACAAGAGUUUUUCUAGUGACAUGCCCAUCUGCAGAAUGUCUACAAUUGGGAGAAAGUCCAUGCAAACGAUAACCAAUGAACAAAGGGCAUCAAAAGUUCUGGGGAUUGUUUUUUUUCUUUUCCUGUUGAUGUGGUGCCCGUUCUUCAUAACAAAUAUAAGUUCAGUUCUGUGCAACUCCUGCAACAAGGAGGUUUUCCAAAAGCUUAUGGAGAUAUUUGUUUGGAUAGGAUAUAUAUCCUCAGGAGUGAACCCUCUUGUCUAUACACUCUUCAACAAAACAUUUAGGGAGGCCUUCAGCAGGUAUAUCACUUGCAACUAUAGGACCACAAAGCCAAUCAAGGCCCUCAGGAAGUGCUCAAGUAGGAUCUCUUUCAGAAGCACUGUGGCAGAAAAUUCCAAGCUCUUUGUCAUGCAUGGGAUGAGAAAUGGGAUUAACCCUAUUAUGUACCAGAGCCCAAUGAGGCUGAGGAGCUCACCCAUCCAAUCAUCUUCAGCCAUUCUGCUGGAUACAUUGCUGCUCACCGAGAAUGAAGUUGAUAAAACAGAAGAACAAGUCAGCUAUGUAUAGUGGAAUGGCAGCCAUGUCCAUAUCAUAGUAUUACUGUAUAUAUUCUAGGUAAAUGUGCUAUAAGAGGGUAUAAAUACUAUUGUUUUAUGUUAUUUAUGCAAACAAUAUCUUAUAAAUUUGUCUCAUCCAAAGCAUCCUCUACUUUAACCUCAACUCCAUGACGGCAACCAUAAUUUCAUUCCAUGGCAAAUGACUAAUGCCCAAUUGUACAGGAAGAGGGAAAUAAAUAAAAACUAAAUCAGUGUG